UGAUCAAGCGAUUAUUUAAAAUCGUGUAUUUUUUUCGAUAAAGGAAAUCGAUAUUUAUUCGAACAAUAUUUCCGCAAAAACAAUUAACUAUAAAUUCUAUUAUAAUGUUAAAUUCCCUUUAAUUUGCAACGUUCUCUUAAAUCGCUCUCUAGAAAAAAAAAUUAACAUGUAAAACACGUGAACCGUGCUCUUAAAGCGAUAAGAUAUAACGGUUAGGAAGACAAUCUGCCAUUUCUCAACUCAAUCAGUGACAUUUACAGUAAUAUAUAAAUGGAAUCAAAGAUUACUGAUAUACUUCUCUCUCUUUCUCUAUAUCACUAUCUCACCCGUAAUCGAGCUAAUAGUGCUUUAUUUAUAUAAAGUGUAAAAAGUCAUUUUGGUUUUUUUUUUUUCGCAUAUAUGUAAUUUAUUGAAUUCUAUAUAAAAUUCAAGUGCGUUACAAAUCGUAUACACUAAAGAUUAUUUAGACUGAGACUAUAACAGUAGAUCUAUAAUCAAGAAAAUUUUGCACUAAAAUUGUCCAGAUUCUGAAAUAUCGACCACAUUCUAUAUUCGUAAUAUGGAACCAUAUACAUAAAUAAAUUUAAAAAAAAAAAAAUGGAAUUUUAUUUCCUUAUAGACAGUUUUAUAUAACGGUGUUGAGAAAAUCUAUCUUCUAGCAAAAAUAAAAAUUAUAUCAAAAAAUUUGAGAGAAAUAUAUUCAUAUGUACAAAUUAUACAGUUUUCUCAAUAUUCUGGAAAAUAUCAUAAAUUGCUAUGUUUGUUUCUCGAGACUUGAAAUUGUAUGUUUCAAUUCUAUGAAACUGAAACAAAACCCUUAUAUACUAAAUUACCUCUAAAAACAUCUAAAUAUUUUAUCAUAAAAUGGAUAUUUUACCACGACAAUUCAAAACAAUGUGGUUCUGUGGUGUAUGGAAUGAAGAGACAAAAUUUCCCAAAUUAAGAAAAAUCUAUAAAAUCUUUGUACUUUUUAUGAUUCAUUAUUUUACAUUAGCGGAAAUUAUUGAAUUUUUUAUAACCGCUGAUAAUGUGGAAAAUUUUGCCGAUAUUUAUCCGGCAUUAACAUUUUUACAAUUUUGCUUUAAAGUUAUUAAUUUUGUAUAUAAAGAAAAUGAUAUGAAUGAGAUAUUGAAAAAUUUUCGUGAUAAUACAUUUUUAGCUAAAACAAAAGAGGAGGAUUUAAUAUUAAAAAAAUAUUUUAUGAAAUCACAAAAAAUCUUUUUAAUUAAUGUUUUUGUGGAAAUAUGUGGAAUUUUUAUUAUAUUAACGCCAUUAAUGAAACAUGAAGAAAAUACAGAAAUUGAACUUCCAUUUAAAAUGUAUCAUAUAUUUGAUGUGAGACAUCCAAUUAUAUUUAUUGGAAUGUAUAUUUAUCAAUCGUUAUUAAAUGCAUUUUCAAUUUUAUGUACAAUCACAUUGGAUACAAUGGUAAUGGGAUUUCUUUUAAUAACAAUUGGACAAUUUGAAUUGUGUGCAUAUAGAAUAGAAAAUUUUAGUAAAAAAGAAAAAAUAUCUGCUACGAAUUCAAUAAAGGAUUAUGUUAAACAUCACGUUCGUAUAUUAGAUGUUGUUAAACAGAUUGAAGCCUUUUUUAUGAUAAUAAUUUUUCCAUUCUUCUUCUGCAGUCUCGUUAUUCUGUGUACGAUUCUAUUUAAAAUUGCCCAGGAGGAUAGUUUAUUUAAUGGACAUUUAGUUACUUUGGCACAAUACGUGACUACAAUACUGUCAUUAGUUUUUCUAUUCUGUUGGUUUGGAUUUCAAGUUGAUGAAAAGAGCAAAGAAAUAUCUACUGCAAUAUACAAUAGUGAUUGGCUUAAUUUAAAUACUUCAGAUAGAAAAAGUUUAUUUUUGAUGUUACUUAUUGCCGAAGAAGGAAGUCCAAUUUCUUUUCGAAGUUUGUGUACUUUAAAUCAAGCAACAUUUAGUUGGGUUGUUAAAACCUCAUACGCUGCAGUAAAUUUAAUGAAGCAAGCAAAUGCAAAAGGAGAAAAUUAAGAAUAUAAUGAAUAAAAGUACACUGGAAAAAAAAAUUUAUUUGAUUUAAAUAAUCAACUAUCAUCAAAUAAAUAUAUAUAUUUAAUUGAAUUAGAUAAUUUAUUAUUUGCAAAAAAUAAAUUUGAAAUAAUUUCUAUAUUUGAAACACCUAUUUCAAUGAAAUAAUUAUUUAAUACAAAUAUUUAAAUAUUUGAUAAUAGUC